UCACGUCAUUUUUGGCCUUUGGGAAUGGAGUGCUAGGUAGCGGCUGAUAUUGUUUUACCAUAUAAGUCAAAAAGCCUAGAAAGUAAUAAUAAUUUGUGUACAGUGUUAAUUAUUAUAGUAAGAAGAAAAUCUUAUAAGAAUGUCUUAUUCGAAUAAAUAUACCCUUGCGGCUUUGCCGAGGACCCAGCGCGGUACUCCGUUGGUGCUUGGGGGUGACCCAAAAGGAAAGAACUUCUUGUAUACCAACGGGAAUUCCGUAAUAAUUCGGGAUAUUGAGAACCCGGCUAUCGCGGAUGUGUACACUGAACAUUCUUGCCAAGUUAACGUCGCGAAGUAUUCUCCAAGUGGAUUCUAUAUUGCGUCUGGUGAUGUGUCCGGCAAAGUGCGAAUUUGGGACACAGUUAACAAAGAGCACAUCCUCAAGAAUGAGUUCCAGCCGAUCGGAGGGCCCAUUAAGGACAUCGCCUGGAGUUCGGAUAACCAGAGGAUGGUGGUUGUUGGCGAGGGCAGGGAAAGAUUCGGCCACGUGUUCAUGUCAGAGACUGGUACAUCAGUGGGAGAGAUCAGUGGGCAGUCGAAAGCUAUCAAUUCGGUUGACUUCAGACCGGCUCGGCCGUUCCGUAUCGUCACGGCUUCGGAGGAUAACACGCUCGCCGUGUUUGAGGGACCUCCCUUCAAGUUUAAGUGUACUAAACAGGAGCACACACGUUUCGCCCAAGCGGUGAGGUACAGUCCCGACGGGAAGCUGUUCGCUUCAGCUGGCUUCGAUGGGAAAAUAUUCCUGUUUGACGGACAGACGUCUGAACUUAAGGGAGAGAUCGGUUCGCCAGCGCACAAAGGCGGUGUGUACGGUAUAAGCUGGUCCCCGGAUGGGAAGCAGUUGCUCUCCUGUUCUGGGGAUAAAACCUGUGCGAUAUGGGACGUGGAGACCAUGCAGAGGACCGUGCUGUUCCCCAUGGGGUCCGCUGUUGAGAACCAGCAGGUAUCUUGUCUAUGGCAAGGCAAGCACCUCCUGUCCGUGUCUCUGUCCGGUGACAUCAACUACCUGGACAUAGACAAUCCGGAAACACCAUUACGUGUGAUCACCGGACACAACAAGCCGAUCACGUGUCUCUGCUUGUCUCUGGACCGGAAGCGCUUGUACACGGCCAGCCAUGAUGGCGCUGUCGCCCAUUGGGAUGUUAGUUCCGGUGUGGGCGGUAAGGUAACCGGCACAGGGCACGGUAACCAAGUGAACGGUAUGCGUUUGUCGAAAAAUGGCGCUCUGCUCACUUGCGGUAUAGAUGACUCGCUGAGAUUCGCACAGCCCAAGGCUGAAGGAGAAGCACCUUCGUACACGGAACAGUCGGUGCCGCUCGGAGCUCAGCCGCGCGCUAUGGACCAGCUUUUAGACGACGAUAUUACUAUAGUCGCUACUGUUAAAGAGCUAAUCAUACUGUCCGGUGGAGUGAAACGUGGUUCCUUGCCGAUAAAGUACGAACCGUCGUGCGUCACUAUCAACCAUCAGAAUAAAGAUGUCGCUGUUGGAGGUGACGAUAGCAAAGUGCACAUCUACACACUAUCCGGUUUCGAGUUGACACCAAAAACUGAGUUGGUGCAUUUGGGAGCUAUAAGUGACGCGAGAUACAGUCCCGACUGCAAGUACUUGGUGGCUUGUGACGCUAACAGGAAAUUGAUACUCUAUGAUGAGGAGUAUAAGCUCGCCCACAACAAGGAGUGGGGCUUCCACACGGCGCGUGUGAACUGCGUGUCGUGGAGUCCGGACGGGAAUCGUGUCGUGUCCGGAUCGUUGGACACGACGCUUAUCGUGUGGAGUGUUAGCGCACCGGCCAAACAUCUUACUGUUAAGAACGCACACCCCCAAAGUCAGAUAACGGGCGCGGUGUGGAUCGACGACGAGACGAUCGCAUCGGUCGGACAGGACGCUAACACGCGCAUCUGGAAUGUGCCUAACGCUUAAAUAUUCGGGAUAAGGCACUUUGCACACUAAUUACAAUGUUUUUUUUUUUAAAUUAGAAUGUAAACAUUUGUAGUGAGGUUUUAGUGGAGUUAUUUUUCAUAUUUUUGUUUAA